GAGAUUUCUUGAAUAAAUCGUGGAUUUGGAUGAGAUAUUCCCCGGGAAACGACAAAAUGUCUAACCACUCUCUCCCGCGAGCAACUUACAUUUCUAUAUCGAAAGGAAAACGUGAAUGAGCUGAUAUAGCUGAUAUGACUGAGACCGCCGUAGUCCCAGUUCCCUCCGCCCUCGGAAUACGGGUGCAUUGUGGGUAAGACACGCAACUUUAAAUUUUGCAUACCGGUUGCAUUAUGGGUAUUUUGCAAAGGUGCCGGUGGACUUCACACACUUCUUUUUAUUAAAACGGAUUAUUUAAUAGAUGCAGGUGCACCAUCAUGGCCUCGAACCCGCUCAUCGCCGAGCAGCAGAAGAUCCAGCGGCAGAUCGAGGCAUUGCAGCGCCGCCUAGCUCCGCUGGGCAGCGCCGCCGAUGAACCGCUGUCCAGUUCCGACCUGUCAGACGAUGAUGGAUCGGAGGGCAGUAACCAGGGGCAGGCUGUCAUGGUCCAGGAGGACAUUGUGGCUGAGCGGGAACGCAUCCAGAGGGAGAUUGAGGACCUAGAGAGGACUCUGGGACCUGAUGCCUCACUUGUGGACAUUCAAGCAAAUGAUGAUGAAGAAAAUGAUAAUGAAGCUGGAGAUGCUACAGACAGUAGUGAGGACGACAGCAGUGAGGAGCUGAACCUGCCGCAGACCGUGGAAACAUGCCUGCAGAUGAACCUGGUGUACCAGAAGAUCCUGGAGGAGAAGCUGGUUGAGCUCGAGCGACUGCUGCGUGAAAACCAGGAGCAUCAGAGAGAGGUGAUGGCCCAGGUUUCUGGCUCUGUUCCUCAGCCAGGCUCCUCUGCAGUGGGUCCACAGAAGCUCUUCAUGGGGAACUUCCUGAAACCCUACUUCAAGGACAAAGUUACCGGCUUUGGCCCUCCUGCUAAUUCAGAAACCAGAGACAAGAUGAACAAGGGAACAAGGACUUUUGAUCUAAAGAAAAUACAAAGGUGGGAGGGCUGGCAGAAGAGCCUGCUGCUCAAGUCCGUGGUCAGCGACGCCAUGAAGCGCCUGUUACAGCCUAAGCUGUCCAAGGUGGAUUACCUGACAGAGAAAAUGUCCAAAGCUAAUGAUAUAGAGAGGCAAAUCAUCCAGAAGCAAAUCUGUGAAAUAGAAAAGGAAAUGGGAGACAUAAGUGCCAUGAGGGAGGAGGACCUGGCUGGCAAUCGCCAUGACGACCAUGACUGGGAAAAAAUCGCAAAUGUCGAUUUUGAGGGCACCCGUUCUGCUGAAGACAUGAGGAGGUUCUGGGAGAACUACCUUCACUUAUCGAUUAACAAGUCCUGCUGGAAGGAGGAGGAGAUUGAGAAGCUAAGGGGCAUCGUGGAGCAGCACCAGAGUUGCAACUGGGACCAGAUUGCAGAGGAUCUUGGGACCAACAGGACCGCCUUCAUGUGCCUUCAAACACAUCAGCGUUACAUCAACAAGAACUUCAAGAAGAAGGGAUGGACCAAGGAGGAAGAUGAGGUCUUGCGUGACCUGGUGGACAAAAUGCGGAUUGGAAACUUCAUCCCGUACACUCAAAUUUCAUACUUCAUGGAGGGCCGGGAAGCUGCCCAGCUCAUUUAUCGCUGGACACAGGUUCUAGACCCGACACUCAGGAAAGGCCACUGGACCAAGGAUGAGGAUGAGAUGUUACUGAGGGCCGUAGCAAAGUAUGGCGUGCGGGAUUGGUGGAAGAUUCGGAACGAGGUGCCAGGCCGGAACGAUGGGCAGUGUAGGGACCGGUAUCUGGACUGCUUGAGGGAAGAUGUGAAGAAAGGCCGAUGGAGCCAGGAAGAAGAAUCCAUGUUAAUUAGACUGGUGGAAAAGUAUGGUGCAGGUCGAUGGGCUAAGAUUGCUUCAGAGAUACCGAACAGGAUUGACAGUCAGUGUUUACAGAAGUGGAAACUGAUGACAGGAGUUAAGUCCAAGGUAGAGAGGACUAGAAAAUCCAAAGGAGGGAAGAGACGUAGGGGAAGGAAUCGAAGUAAAAGACGAACAAAGAAGAAGAGGGAAGAAUUGGAUCGCGUUGCUUCUGAGGAGGAGGAGGAGGAGGAGGGAGAGGAGCUGGUUUAUAUGGACAGUGAGGAUGAAGCAGCACCACCUAAGAACCACCAGGAGGCCAACGUGCGGGACAAAUACGUCCUGUCAAAGAUGGAUGAGUGGGUCCCCAAAAUGAUGCCGCUGCUCCUUCGGUUGGGUCCGGGGGUCGUGCGAGCCACUUCGAAAAACCCGGUCAGCCAGAUGGAGGCGGAGGGCAAGUCCAAGUUGGGACGCAUUCGCUCACAAAACAGCGUGGCUGGGAAGCACGAGCCCGUGGGAGUGCGGAGCACGAUUCUGGACAAGCAGGGCUGCCCCCUAGAGGUCAUUAUGGAAGUAGAACCUUUCACACAGCCUCCAGAGAAGGAAAGACAGUUUGAAAAUGAAAUGAUCCGAGUGUCUCUCAGUGAGGUGAAGAAUCUAAUUCGCUGUCCUGGGAGCCCUGCAUCAAAACAGCAGAAGACCUGUCUGUUGGGGCAGGUUGGCCUCAAGCGGACGGUAGCAGGCGGGAAAUGCCAGCAAGCCAGCGCUAAUUCUGCUGCCAAAGACAACAAAUUCAUGAACAGCCAGUUGCUGGUGGCCAUCCUGCCUUGGAUGGGCAACAUGCUGUUACCCUUCAGCUCUGAGCUGAAGCGGCGCCGAAAAGCUGAUGUUGUGCGGCUGAAGGGUGAAGCCAUUGGACUUUCCAGCACCCCCGUCUUCAAACUCCUGCUCAGCGUUCUUCGCAUUGAUGCAGAAGGUUGUAAAAAAGUCAUUGAGAAGAAACGGAUUAUGGCAUCCAAAACCCCUGCUCAAGCCCCACCACCACAGCCCAGAAGAAAACGAGCGCAGCCGAACACCGUGGCUGAGAUGCUGUACAAGAAACGCUGCCAAGAGGAGAGACUGUCUCAGGAAAAGAGCCAGGCCUUCGUUCCCUGUCUCGUGGUGCCCCAGAAUGUGCUCUUCGCACAGGUGCUGGUGCCGGCGGUGCCCCCUGGGCUGCCUCCACAACCCAGUAGCGGAGAGGGGGCGGCGAAGGCGGGGAAGGCCAGGGAGGGCACCCUAUCGAAGAAACGUGCUCGCAAGCCCACAGAGAAGGCCGUGACCAACAAGGCCAGAACAAAAAGAAUACAGCUCGCACCUAAGCAGGAGAUAGCCAGCGUGCAGCCUGAGCUAUCCAAGGGCGAGGCCUUCGCAAAACCGCUCACCUGGGUCAUGACCCCCACCGGGCUGCUGCCUGUGAGCGGAUUGGCCAUGCCACUGGCUGCUGGCGGAGUCACCAGUCCAGCUCCCGUCGUCGUAAACCAGCAGGUCUCCUUGGGAUUAACAGCCGGUGCAAAGAGAGCGAAGCCGUUACUCCAGGUGAAGGAUGCAUCCAGAGGACCUGGUCUCGCCCCCCUAACCUUGUCCAUCUUGUCCCCUGGGGUGACCACAGCCUCUCCAGCAGCUGGGAUGGGGUGUCUGCCCUCUAGCAAGCCUAUGGAGAUACAUGGUUCUGGCCUUGGAUCACCUGCUCCAAUCUCAUCUCCCACACCAACUGCGGCACAAACCAGCACGACAUCACUUCCUGCGGGCCAAAACGCUGUGCAGCAAAAGCAGGCCCUCCCUUUUAUCCAGCUGCUCCAUCCCAGCGGCCCUGUAACGGCUCCAUCCAAAGCCCCGCUACCUGUGCCCGGACCUCAGAAAAACCCUGAUCGGGUUCUGCAGCCAGGCGCCAGCCCUGUCAGGGCGACCCCUGCUCCGCACCAAGGCCCCGGAGCCUCGCCUCUUUCAUUGGACCCCAGCCUCAUGUUCCUUGAGGAGGAGCCUCAGGUGAUGGAGUGGAUGAAAGGGACAGGAGGAGUGACGGUCCCCCAGCUGGAUGUCACGCUGCCCUACUUGCCUCCGUUCGUCAGCAGCCUGACGACCCUGACGACUCUCCUGCAGCGCAAAAGGGCCCUGGAGUGUAAUGCCCUGAAGCUGGUGGGCUCCUCCGGAGAGGCCGGCGAUGAGGAGGCCUGGCGAGACGCCGUCCGCAAACAGGUUGCAGAGAAGCUGAGUGGGAAUCCUGCCUACCUGCUCCUGAAGGCUCGUUUCCUGUCCUGCUUCACCAUACCUGCUCUCCUGGCCACCAUUCACCCUCUCAGGAGGCCCAAGUCCUCCUCAAUCCUCUCCGAUGAUAGCAGUGAAGCUGAGGAGGAGGUGCAGGAGGAGGUCAAGAAGGACGUCGUGGAGGGAGCCGAAACCGCAGAUGGCGAUACUGAGCUCAGAUCCGUUCAGCAGAGUGCGCCACUGAGCACAGCUGAAGCAGAAGAGCCAGGCACGUUCACUGGAAUAACCACCCGGAGACAGCGGCGGCGGCUCAGGAAGCUAUAGGAGAGCAGCACCCGGGGAGGGGAGGCGAUGCAGUGCUGGUCUUAAUGCUCAGGACGUGGGUGAUGUGAUGGCCCCCUUCUGCCUUGCAGUGACAAGGGUGACACCCUGGAACAACUGCAGUAUUAUGAGCCUUCAUCAUCCAAUCACUUAGUAUUAAUGGUCUAGUUAAAAAUACAUCUGUCUUUGUACAGAGCUUGUUAAAUUAGCAUCAAGGUGCCUUUCCGGGACUGGUAUCUAUUCAUGUCAGGUGAUUCUGGUUACGUUUAUUUUUUCCAGUGGAACCUAACUUGUGUUUUGGGAACCAUUGUGAUUUCAAGACUGAGUUAUUUAAAUGUUUUAUUGUAUUAUGCAAUCUUCUACAGCUUUCACUGUGUUUUCUCGUUCUGUUGAUCUGUUACAAUGGUAGUUGGUUGAAUUGUUUAAAUUGAAUUAAAACAUUUUUACUUGGAAA